AUGCUAUCAUUUCGUAACCCCUUCGUGACUAGCACGAGCAAAAAGACUGCGGAGGCGAGCCAAAAAGAGCCGCAUGGGCUAUUCGUGCUGUACCCGACGUCUGAGGAUAAGGUGGACAGCAACUGCUUGGAAGCAGACAUCGUCGCAGUCCACGGUCUCAAUGGAGAUGCACGGAAAACAUGGACGGACCCCGAGAGCGGCAAAUUUUGGUUGGAAGACUUCCUCCCCGAGAGGGCCAAGAUGGCUAGGAUCAUGACCUUUGGCUACGACUCCAAGUUGGCACUCAGCAAGUCGAAGGCGGGAGUUGAAACGUUCUCUAGAGAGCUCCUCGGCAAGCUGCGGCUGUUGCGAAUGGGUGACGAGAAGGCAGGUCGCCAAAAAGCAUUUCAAGCCUUGAUCAUGGCGUACAUGGAGCUUGUCAACUAUGGUGACAUCUUGGACUCGACAGUCGGCAUCGUCUUCAUGGGCACGCCUCACCGAGGAUCGGACCUGGCUUCUUGGGGACUAGUACUCACCAGCCUCAUCAACACCGCAAGUCUCGGGACAGGUCUCAACAAAGAGCUUCUCAAGACUCUCAAGGCAAAUUCAGAGAUGCUCGCUGGGAUCUCCAGCCAGUUUGUGCACCGCGCGACACCCUUGAAGAUCAGGACUUUUACGGAGCAACAGGUGGAAAGGCCACUGACGACGCUGGUUGUCCCGGAGAGCUCUGCCAUCAUCGGCCUGCCCAACGAGAUCGUGCUGCCUCUCAAUGCCAACCACCGCAGCAUGUGUCGGUUUGCAUCCUCUGACAGCGACAAUUACAAAAUCGUCGAGGACACUAUCAUGGAGAUUUUGACUCGUCGACAGAAGGCUGAACGUCAGACGAACUACUCUGCAUCGCUCAGCUUCAUCUCGCAGCCAGAUGCUCCAGUGGGCAACAUGGAAGACAAGGUGUUCUCUGUAACAUCCGCACAAAGCUCACAUAAGAACCCAGGACUAGCGAAUUCAUCUUUUAUCAGUAGGAGCAUCAGCGUUGCUAGUCCUGCUGCAUCCCAAACACAUGCGCCCGUCGCUCUCAGUGCAACGUCCUUUGCGGCUAGCUCUUCUCUGACAAGGUCAAAUACGGUUUUGGAUGGGCAGUCGCAGGAUAAUUGCCAUGAGCUGCAAAGGAAGUUCACUUCAACAACUUUAUCUACACCCAAACCAAAGGAUACCGUCAUCCGAAUACAUGGGCUCAAGAAGAGGCUUACACCAGAGACCUACGGAGAGGACGAGUUUUCUUACGACUUUUGCCUCCCAGGAGACACGCUGGUUGAGAAUCUCGGCAAGGAACUCCUGAAGAAAAUUCCAGACCUAAAGACAUACACCUACUUUGUUUCCCACAGGGAUAAGCGUGAGCCUAUCGAUCCUAAUUGGGUUGACAAGUUCACGAGCCCCGUUGAAAUAACACACGGGCGAUCCUGCGCGAAUCCAAAGAAGGGUUUCAAGAUAAACAUUGAUCAGCCCAUAGCAGCCUUUUUCAGCAGAGCUUUCCCCAGACCGCUGCAGGCUGUGAGGAAGGCCGACUUGGCAAAGGUUGCACAGGAUGCAAACCUCCCGAGUGGCAUGAACAUGGAGCAGUCCAAAGCUGGCGGCAUUGACGACGCAGAACCCCCAGUAUUUGCAGAUGCUAUUGCGUUUGGCCGCGAUAUCGACGAACCUGAUCUUGCAAUAUCCUUUAUGCGCACCGCCCGGCUGCCUUGGUGUGACGAAAAAUAUCAGCUACCGCCAGCCAUAGGCUCGUUCCCUCUCUUUGACGUGCAAAAGUUUGCGGACAGGAUGCCGAGUUCAAUGGUUGCUCAAGGUGGCAUAUUCAUGCCGAUUUAUCAAACGGAAGCCUUCUGGAUCAACUUCAUCAGGAUAGGACAGAAGACACCCAUAAAGUUUGCCGUGCGGCCCUUUGUCGGCGGCGUCAACACCAUCUCCGGCCAGGCCCUCCACUGCGCCACAAUGGACACUACUUUGCCCAAGAAGAAGUUGCUAGCCAAGAAUCAAGAUUAUCUCGUGUCUCCAGACCAGAAGAGAUUGGACGGCACCUCGGUCGAGCCUGGAGUUGUGCGGCAAUUCGUAGCUACGGAGAUGGUGUCAGCUUCGCGGAGGGAUUAUUUGGCGGCAAAGAAUACCGAGUCCGAAGACGGCAAGCAGGACGAAGAGACGCCCGCAGGUGCAUCUGUCGAGUGGCAAGUGACGGGAAAUGACGAAUUCGGUGGACUGCAGCUCCAAAUAAUACCCGCGCACGAUGUGCAAAGCAUACACGCCGGUUCCGAGGAGAACAAUCUCUUUUUGAGGGGGGAAGGCCAACGGCGAUAUGACGUUUUGAAGACACCUAGAGAGCAGGGCUUAGUGGCCGGGGACGUCAUCUACAUCAAAGAUCUCAAGAGCCUUCUUCCGCGCAGACAAAAAAUGCUAUCCGACCUUGUCGAUGAGCUUCCGGCGAAUGAGCGUCGGAACAACCAAGGGCGUCAUGAUGGACAGUCAGGUAGAGCCGGGGUGAUGGUUGAGAUGGAGGUCGCAAGGUCCCCGGCGGUUCUCGAGACGUUUGACAUAAGCGAUCAAGGAAAUGGAGAUAACAAUAUGAGACUUCAGUUUGACGUCUGCGAGGAUUUCAACGAUGUUGAAGGGGUAAUUAUCAGCAAAAUGGGAUACCAAAACACUGCUGUAAUUAUCUUUUGCGUUUGGAGAAGGAAGAACAGAAAGCCCGGGAUCGUCCGGGUACAAACUUGGGAAGACGUACGCAGCGGCACUCCUCGAAUAGAGCCGGAAACGGGACAGACCUCGGCAAGGAAGGUCUGGGACAUGAUAAUUGUGCCGACUGGCUCCAUGCCUGAAAGCGAUUACAUCGUCGAGGCCUCCAUAGCAUCCCGGACCAACGAGCAGUACACAAAUAGGACGACUCCAACUAGCUUUUGCAUGGUUUUGAACUCGGAAAGCACCCUUGGCCAUUUGCGCAGCGAGCUUCAACACUUUCUGGGUCAUUCUGUAGCGGGUACCGCUUUCACCGCGCCCUUUUGGGCCUCCUCGGACAGUCUCGACGACGGUGUGCAACUCAAGGUGCUUGAGCCAAAGGUUGAUCGGUUCAUGACCAUACGGAAUGGCCAGCGCAUCCUGGGCCUUAUACACUUUCUCGCUGGUCCUGGUAUAGACAGCAGCAAAGCCUGCGAAAUUCCCAGAGCCGGUCGGGACAACCUCGCAUUUCUUGGUCAUACCGGCCUGUUAGGUCGGGACCAAACUUUCCCCAACCAACUUGACGAACCGAAAUACUGUUUACCAGGAAUUUAUUUAGAUGGACGCGGCACGCGCCAGUCUUUUAACUCUUCAUACCCACAGUUUGCCGGUUAUAACGAUCCUUUUUACGGGCGCAACGUCAGCCGCCCCAGAUAUGGGAUUACAGUCCAGCAUGGCCAUGAGUUUCACAUCAUCGAAAUUCCUCUAAACUCUCUAGAAGAACGGUUAUCGUUCCUCAAGCUUCGGCUGCUCGUCUUGACGGGCAUUCAACCCCGCAACCAAGUGCUAAGGAGGGGAGGCCAGCCCAUAGCCGACACACACCGCGUCCGCUACUUGAUGGGAACCCCAAUCACCCUCACGACUCAGCCACCUACCCUCCCGACGGCUUUGGGAAUCGCGGCAGGCGGCAAGAUCGAGCAGCACAUCGAGCCGGACCACGAGAACCCCCGGAUGUGGGACGUAGGCAGCUCUAAGAUGCUGAGCGUGCAGCUGCUGGACUCACACACCUUCAAGACGGUCACGGGUCUAGACCCGCCGCCGACGCCGCUCGGUCCGGAAAAGUACGCCGAGCUGGGACUGGCGUUCCGGAAGGCGUGGAGGGACGAGCUGAAGGGGCCCGGCGUCUCGGGGAGGGCAGAGGAUGGGACCUGGGGCGGCGUGUCGUCGCUCGAGGGGCCGAUGGAGGUCGCGGCGAGGAACGCCGGCGUGCAGAUCCCGGCAGCAGGCGAGGCGGACGGCGGCGAGCGUUCCUAUGCCGGCCUCGGUGUCGAUGCAGCGCAGGGCCGGUUCUUUGAGGCGGCUGCAGACUUUCCGGUCCUGCUGGAGGAUGUGGAUGACGCCGUGUCACAGUUCAAGAGCGCCAUGGAGGCUGAUCUCGAAGACGAUUGGUCAGACUAA